AUGCUGGUAUACACUUUAUUCACAGCUAUGGCGCUGUUAUGGCUCUCAUACAGACUGCUGAAAUUCCUGUCAAUUCCAGUUUUCAAUAUCGUCUCGACUUUGAAGAUUAAGACUCCACCUGCAACAAAGGUUUCCAUAGAUAAAAUCUCUACAAAUUCCAUUACCAUACACUGGGAAAAUGAGCCUUUGAAACAAUCUCCUAACGCAAAUCCUAUAUCACAUUAUUUGUUAUAUCUGAAUAAUUCUCAAAUCGCAAUAUUCCCAAAUAACUCAAACUCGUUAUAUACAUGUUGUUCUAUUACCAACUUGCUACCUGAAAAGCAAUAUCAAUUAGAUUUUAUCACCAUAAAUAAAAUGGGUUUCAUUAAUAAAUUACCAUCCAUCUUUUGUAUGACAAAGAAAGCAUCGCCGUCGUCUUCCGGGUCUGCAUCUGCUUCUACUUCUUCAUCGGCAACGAAAUAUUCAGGUAACAAUACAAAUAUCCCUUCUAUUUCUGCAUCAACAAGCAAUUUAAUGGAUAAUCCAGACAUGAACUCUUUAUCAAUGCAUGACAAUAUGCAACCAAUCGAUUCUAAUAAUCCCUCUUCGUCAGAUGCUAAUAGUAAUCCUAACACUAACUCUGAUACCUCUGAUCAUAAGAAAAAUGAUAUGAUAAAAACAAGGAAAUGGAGAAGAAAUACGUUAAACACUGCUAUUCCUCCUUAUCCUAAUAAUGCUAGUAAUAACAAUGGCAAUUUCCAAUCUGCUUUACAAAAUGCCAAUUUCGUAAUCUCAUCGCAUGGUUCAUCUGUAUCAUUAUCAAAAUUAAAUGUUCCAUCAAACGCCAACUCAACAUCAUCCCCAUUAGUUAAUUCUACUUUGAACACUACCACCAGCUCGGCUACCAAUUUACCCUCUUACACUAGUUUGACCAGUUUGCAAGAUCUAGAAUCAUAUUCAAUUGAUGAUUUGAAAAAAAUAUUAAUUUGUUCACAAGAAGAUCUACAUGAUGUAUUAAAUCAAAAGCAAUCAAUCUUACAAGAUUUCCAAGAAACUGAUUUAGAACUAAAAUUGGAAUUAGAUAAUUUGAAACUUCAUUGGAAUCAUGAAAUUGACUUAAGAAAAUCUUUGAAAUCAAAUAUCAAAUCUUUAGAGAAUUCAAAAUUAUUAUCUGAUUUGAAAAUUGAUAAACUAAAUAAAAAAAUUGCCAAAUUAAAUGACAAAAUCUUAAAGAUGCAAAAGGAAAUGAAUUUAUGGUCAGUGAAUGAAUUUCAUGAUUUUAAUAAGGAAAAUUUAAACGAAAAAUAUUCUAAAUUGAUGGAUCACGCAAAUGAAAAUAUCAAAAACUUAAAUAAUCAAAUUUUAAUUUUACAAAAUCAAAUUAAUUUACAAGAUGAUUCAAAUAAAAAGUUGAAUGUUUUGAAAAAGAACAAACAAAAUAACUCUUCCUCUUGGGUUUCUAUAUCAGAAGAAACUAAUGGUAUUAAUAAUGAUGAUAUAUCUAAUAAUGCAGAUAUUAUAAAUGAUGUUUCCAUUUCAACAGAGCAAUCACAGAAAUCAUCACCCUCGCCUUCAUCAUCAGGUCCAAUUACCACUUCAGCAGACAUCGUAGCAUUAAAUUCAUUAUUAAAGAAAAUAAAUGAUCAAACUUUGGAAAGAUCUGGACUGUUAACAAACUAUGGUGAAGAAUUACUGAGUAAAUUUUCUGCUAAUAACAAUUCAAUGCUUGUCCAAUUAAUUAGAGAUCAAUUGAAAAUUGAUCAGGAACUUGAUUCAAAAGCGAAAAUAAGAAGGUCUAGAAUGACAAAAAGAAUUGAAUACUUAGAAAAUAAUUUUAAUGACAUUAGUAUUAAUAAUAGAAAUUUAAUGGCAACUUUAAUUGCUCAACCAUAUAAUAACAAUCCUCCAGCUACUGUAAAUACAUCUCAAUCACGAGAUCAUUAUCCACCGCCAACAAACUUAUUAUCAUCCGAAGAUCAAAUAAAUACUAACAAUAUUAAUGGUAGUCCAAUAUUAAACACAACAGAUUUAAAUCUGAAUAUGCUGCCAAAUAAUCAACAAAUGCCAUUAAUUAGUAAUCAACUGUUUGACCCUGCUCAAAUGCAAUCACCAAAUCAAGGAACAAAUUUAAUACCAAUGGUAUCAACUAAUUCGUCUUUGUUACCAAGUAAUCACAGCAUCAAUAACGCAGAUAUCAUCUUGAAUCCUCAAAAUUCCUUUUCUCACGGUGUUCCAACAACGGUGAUAACGAAUACGACGGUAACUAAUCCUGAUUUCCAAUGGUCAAUAGCUAAUCAACAACAACAACAACAGCAGCAGCAACCUCCACAGCAGUCGCCAUUAGUAUUAUCAUCUCCGUCUCAAGAACAUCAAGUGUUGCAACGAGAACAAUCUGCAGGUAAUGACUUAGACCAAGCAUUUGCCUAUGAUAAUGCAAACCAUCUUAUCAGUGGCUUGCAAGAUAUCAUUUAUGAUGAAACAGAUUAUCCGGAUAGUAUAAGUAAUUAUUCAAAGGGAUUCACUACUGAUCAACUUGAUAAUUAUUGGGCAAAUCAAAACACGUUAUCCUCACCACCUUCCAUACCACCUACUAAUAUUACGUCUUCCCCAUUUAUUAACAAUCAAGUGUCUUCAUCUUUAAGAAACAUCUCAAUGGGAGGAGAUAUCGGAACAAAUCAAUCACAAAGUUUGCUAGCAAACAUUUCAGGUAAUCAUCUUAAUAUGAUGUCAUCACGUAACAGUGAAAUGAAAGUGCUCUCUAAUACAUUAUCACCACAGAAUUCAAAUUCACAGCAGAUGGGACACCAUGAUCGUUCCGUCUCUCAUGUUCAUAAUCUGAUUACAAAUAUCGAUGGAAAUAGUAGUACCAUUUCUAACGCUACUAACAAUACCAAUACACCACAUCAACGCCAUGAAGCUACAUUUACAUCCCCAUCAUUUAAUCAAAUUUGGCAUACUAUGUCGCCAGUUCCUUCCACUCCAUCUAACAUGAUGGAUGGACUAACUGCGCCCUCGCCAACAGAUCAAGUUGAAUCGACUAAUAAAGGAAAAGUUCAUGAUUCAAAGAAAGCAAAACCAAUGUCUGCAUCUGCAUCUGCAUCUGCAUCGAAAGCAUCACAUAUAAGAAAUCAAAGCUCUAAUAGCAUAACAAGUUGGGGUACGAAACUCGGUUUAACUCAUAAAUCUACUCAUUCCUCUACGUCUACAUAUCAAAACAAUAAUAAUACUAAUGAGAAUGUGAAUGUGGCUCUGGAUACCGGUGGAUCAAAUUCCACAUUUUCAUCGUCUGCUUCAUCAUUAAAUAAAAACAAAGAUAUAAUAGAAGACAAGAAAGACAAGAGCAGAGAGAAAGCUAAAGACAAAGAACCCGGUGCUGGCUCUUCUUCUACAAGGAAAAUGUCGAAAUUAUUAUCAAGAACUACAAUGAACAGUUUAUUUAAACUACCUAACCAGCACGAUACUCAGUCGUGA